CCCCUUUCAGAGAAAAACGAGAGUGGAAAGAUAACAGCAGAGAGGGUUAAAGCGGAGCUAGUAAUCAAGGAUCUUUGAUAACAGCAGAGCUUCAAAGAAGAAGAAGCAAAGAAGAAGAAGAACAGCAGAGUUCGUUUCUGAUAACAGCGAACAGUACAGGUGAUGGUAGAUUUCUCAGCUUCAGUUUUGUAAGCCGUGAGGACAUUUUAUAGCAUAACUAUAGCAAAGUGGUACAAAUGAACUAAAGUUAACGUUAGAGACAGAUAACAUUUACUUUACAUCAAAGGUGUGUGACGGACGGCGUGGCCUUCCAGGUGGUGGAGUCGGAAUCACGGGAUCAAGAUGGUGAGAGCUGGAGGUGUUCUGAAACUGGUGGCUUUGGUUGCUGCCUUCCUGUUGGCUGUAUUUUUUGCUUUUGAACUUCUUGACAUCAACAUGGAUUUCAACAUCGGACAGGUGUUUGCCAGAUCAGCACCACAAGAAACAGGCUCUACCAUACCACCAAAGUACAAGUGUGGCCUUUCAAAAGCAUGUCCAGAGGGACACUUCUCCUUUAAAAUGACCAGUGGGGCUGCGAGUGUCGUUGGACCAAAGAUAUGCUUGGAAGACAACAUUGUGAUGAGUGGAGUCAAGAACAACGUAGGACGUGGGAUAAACAUUGCGCUCAUUAACGGAAAAACAGGAAGCGUUUUAAAAACAGACUCCUUUGACAUGUGGGCUGGAGAUGUCAACGAACUAAUCAAUUUCAUGAAGACCAUUGAAGACGGGACUCUAGUCAUGAUGGCCACCUUUGAUGAUCCUGCUUCAAAGUUGAAUGAGGAGGCCAGGAAGAUGAUCGCUGAUCUCGGCAGCAGUAGUGUGUCCACAUUAGGCUUCAGGGACAAUUGGAUAUUUGUUGGAGGGAAGGGCAUCAAGACAAAGAGUCCCUUCGAACAGCACAUCAAGAACAACGCAGAGACCAACAAGUAUGAAGGCUGGCCAGAGGUGCUGGAGAUGGAGGGAUGCAUCCCCCAGAGACAAGACUGAGCUAAACCUCCAUCCCCUUUUACUUACACACACACACACCACUGAAAUCUACCGUACACAUUCACCACUACCACUACGUAACCUGACACACACACACACACACACACACACACACCACUGAAAUCUACCUUACCCAUUCACCACUACCACCACGUAACCUAACACACACACACACACACACACACACACACAUUUUAUUGUUUACCUGUCCUACUCCAUUCGGUUCCCCUUGUCCAGCUUCCAAUCCAUUGAGUCCUGUUUUAGCAAAAGUCUAGAUCUGCUGUUUUCAGGGCCUUCCUCACAAGGCUCUAGGGAGGUGUCAGGAACAUUAUAAAUCAAGACUGUCCAGCUUUUUGUGUACCUACGACUACUUCCAUGUCAUUUUUAGUGAGAAUUGGGGCCAGUCAAGAAAGGAAGAAAAAAAAAAAAACAUCAUCACUAUGUCACACAAUAGUAGCAACCCAGCUGCCUCCUCCUCAUCUCUGUAUUAACCCCUAGUCCUGGACUCAAAUAACAUUUCAAAGGAGAUUUUGUUUAAGAUUUUUGGUGGGCAACUCGGUCCGAAUUAGUGAGGACAGCUCAGAGAUUGUUGCUGCCCAGAGACACACAUGUAUCCAGAAAAUCCACAAGCAUUCCUUUGGUUGAUGCCUUGACCAUUUGGUGAUUUUGUAGUAUUUGAUAUAUAAAUAUCUAAGUAAUUUAUUGAACCGAGUAAUGUAAAAAAAGGGAGAGAAAUCAUUGCUGGUAUAUUGCUGUAUAAACCCCUCCCUUUUUUACUUGUAUUCCCCAAAUGUAAAUGUGAAAGAUUGAUCAGUGGUCUACUGUGGACAGAUGUGAUGUGUUAAUUUAAAAUAUAGCUAGUCAGUAGCAAAAUACUUGAUUUUUGCUGUUUUCCAAAUUCGUUUUAGUAGUUUUGAACAUGCGUUAUACGUAGUGAAAGGGAACAGGCUUAAAGCUUUUGCCAAAGCUGUUAGUAACAAAGUAACACACUCGUGUGUGUGUGUGUGUGUGUGUGUGUGUGUGUGUGUGUGUGAGAGAGAGAGAGAGAGAGUGUGAGUGAGUGACUUACCAGGCACAAUUAAACUCACCAAGCCAUCAAACUCCAAAAUGCAGUUGACAAGGUUUGUCAUAGUCACUUUAGAGCAAUGUGAAAACCUUCCACCCCACCCUCCCAGCAAAUGCCCUGGAGCAGUAUCGGCCACCCAUCAAUGCAAUCCAUUUAUUCCUGCGAAAAUAGCAGUUGCAGAGUGAAGAGUUGUUUUCUAGAACCUUUUUUUUUUUAGUUUUUCAGUUAUUCAGAAAGGACUUCUUCUGUUUAGAGAUCUAAAGGAAAAGCACAAGAACCGAUUGUUUAAGAAUGUCCAAUGCCAUACGCAUAUAAUGUUUGAUCCAUAUUUUUACAUUUUGUUGACCAUGUCUUUUCAUUAAAUUAAUUAUUGUAUGUGAUUACCAUUGAUGAUUGUCUUAGGAAAUUGUUUGUAAUUGAUUUGGUUAAUUUACAUUUUAACAACAUUCAUGUGUUUCAGAAAAGAAAGUCUGUUUUAUUUUUGUAAUGAGAACAGCGAAAAAGUUGUAACUACAAAUUGAACCCUCGUUUCAGACAUAACACCUUUGUAGAUUUGCACACAUAAAAUGUAUUCUAUCGGUGAAUACAUAAAAUGUAUUCUUUCAGUGCUUGCACCAAUCGGUUUAGUGUGCUUAGAUCAGUCCAGAUAGUCCAGGGGUGGCGAACCUGCGGCUCUUUGCCUCCUCUCGCGGCUCGCGGCUGCUCAACUGAUGUUCUCACUUCUCCUUGGAGUUUUUUUUUAAAUAGCCUAUUAUUUCUGGUAAAUGAAAAUGCUUUUCAUAAGUUGAUAGUACUGCUAAUAGUUAGGCUGCAAUGUUUAAAUUAAAAUAAUUUUACCGUCAUGUUAUGGAUAGGAAUCUAGCCUAAAAAGAAGCAGACUUUGUGUCUAACCAGGUGUAAUGAUACUGUUGCAAUCAGGAAAACCCUGACGCUAAGCGUAAAUAAAAAGAGGACAUUCAAAAGGAGGAUUCAUCUUUUUGUAGGCUAUCAUAGCCUUUCUGGUUAAUAUGUCAACGUAACCUAAAUAACACCGUUAAACGUGUUCUACACGUUAGUUUGGUACUUGGUAUGCCAGACUUAACUGUUGCAUAAAGCUUCAAACCUGAACAUUUCCCAAAGACACUGACUGACUUAUGCAAGUACAAGGUAAAGGUAGGCUAUAUAGACGUCAGUCAGAGAAGUAGACUCGUUUUCUUUUUAUGUAUUUUCUUUUAAAAAAUUCCUGAAAACGAUAAUUUGUAGCAUCUGCCAAGUGUCUCACUUUAAAUGAAAAGAGAAGAUCUAUUUUUGUAGGCCUAAGUCGCUGUUGUAGUGUGGGCAUCUUUUUAUUGUUGUGCGGCUCUUUUUUGAGUUGUGGAAUUUUUUUUGGCUCUUUAUGCUGGACUGGUUAGCCACCCCUGAGAUAGUCAGUCGAGAACUGUGUUUGUGUGUGUGUGUGUUAGAUAUGACAUUCUCUAUUCACCAUUCACUGAACUGUGUACAACCAAUUACAAGAAAUCUCACUAUUCAGGAUACUAAACAUUCAGGUCAAACCCUAAUGUGGAGUCACUGUUGAAUUCUUAGCUUUCCAGACUCAUUAACAUGUCUCCCCUAUAUAAUGUGAACUGGUCUGACUGUAAAAGGUCAUACUCGCAUACCUCUACAAUUAGGGAUGAGAGCCUUAACCUUCCCAACAAUGCAGUGUGUUGCCAACUUAAGCUUGUGUCUUAUAGUUUGAUCUUUGAUACCUACUUAAAAUCUUUUGCGUGCCUGUGUGUGUGUAUGUGUGGGUGCAUGUGGACGUAUACGUGUAUGGCUGAGUCAUCUAAAAAGAUAGGGACUUAAGGCUGUUUAGCACUACUGUAGUGCAGCACAUUGAAUUAGUUUUUUUUGUACACUGCGCCACCAAGUGCUUUUAUUGUCCUACUCUGAUCGCUUUUGCCACAUUGAGGACUGAAGUGCUUCCUUUUUUCUAUCAUAUCUGUCUGCAGCUCUGAAAAUGUGUCCACCACCAUGUGCCUUGUCCGGUACAAAGUCCCGCCUGCUUGUAAAUUGUACAUACAGUGCUCUUAUAAUAUUCACUGUUGUAGUAGUGAUGCCUUGUGUAAGUAAACCUGUAAUUUGGUGUUCAAAUAAAACCAGUUGUCAAGAGA